CUGAAGCACCAUUCGAAGAAGUUCAGCUUCUCUCAGACGCAUUACUAGUUUUUUUCUCUCGUUCUUCGUCAACUUCACCACACAAAACCCUAAUCUAGAUUUUAGGGUUCCUCUGAACACUCUUUCAAUAUCUCCAAGCUCCUGAAUCAUCGACAAUGGACAACAAUUUCGACAACUAUCAUCACCACCAUCAUCAACAAUGGCGUCCAGCACCAACACAGCCAAACAUAUGCCCGAUUUGUACAGCGCCGCACUUCCCUUUCUGCCCACCGUAUCCUCCUCCAUCUUCCUUCUCGCCCAAUCCUAACUUUCCUCCUCACCUCAAUUCGCCUCGUCCUCGAUUCGAUUCGUUCACCGGACCUCCGGUUCGACCCCAGAAUCACUAUCCGCCGUGGCAACCUCACCACGGAAAUCAAUGGCGACCUGUUUCCCUUGAUGGUGAUAUUGAAGCUGAUAGAAGCUUUAAGCGAGCUCGGAUUGAUGCGAUCGGCGGUGGUUCUCCUGGUUACGGUGUUUCCGAGAGUCCUCGAAUCUCAUGGGAGAAUGAGCGGAGAUUGAAGAUGGUUCGUGAUCAUGGUUACGGUUUAACUGCGCCGUCUCCGGGAAAUCUAGAUGUUUCGAAUAUUGAGAUGAAUCAUCAAUAUGGGAGGAGUGAAUAUAGGAAUGGAGGUCACUUCAAUGGUGUGACUCCUCCUCCGCCUUAUCAUCCUCCUCCGUACGGAGGCUAUUUCGGUGGUCCUAAUGGUCAGCCUCCUCUUCCGGUUUCUCCACCACCGCCUUUGCCCUCGUCUCAUCCUCCGUCUGAGCCUUCUUCACUGUUCCAUGUUACUACUAAUUCGUCUGCAGCGGUCCCUCCAUCAUCUACAUAUCCUCAAAUGCCAAAUGCUUCGCCAUCUUCUGCACAAUUAGCACCAACUCGCUCUAAAGUGAUGGAUGUGUCACAUUUGCUGAAGCCUCCUCAUCGAUCUACUCGUCCAGAUCACUUUGUAAUUAUCCUUCGAGGGCUACCAGGUAGUGGGAAGAGUUACUUAGCCAAGUUGUUGCGUGACAUCGAGGUCGAAAAUGGAGGUAGUGCUCCACGAAUCCAUUCUAUGGAUGACUAUUUCAUGACCGAAGUUGAGAAGGUGGAGGAGAGUGAUUUAACUUCUUCAAGCUCUGGUAGAAGCAAAAGAUCUAACGUGAAGAUGGUCAUGGAAUACUGCUACGAACCUGAGAUGGAAGAGGCUUAUCGUUCAAGCAUGCUUAAGGCCUUUAAAAGGACCCUUGAAGAUGGGACCUUCAGCUUUGUAAUCGUGGAUGACCGCAAUCUGCGGGUAGCUGAUUUUGCUCAGUUUUGGGCAACAGCAAAGAGAUCUGGAUAUGAAGCUUACAUAUUGGAGGCAACAUACAAGGACCCAACUGGCUGUGCAGCAAGAAACGUGCAUGGCAUCACACUAGAUCAAGUACAGCAGAUGGCACAUCAAUGGGAAGAAGCUCCAGCAUUGUACAUGCAACUGGAUAUCAAGUCUUUUACACAGUGGGAUGACAUGAAAGAGAAUAGAAUCCAAGAGGUGGAUAUGGACAUGGAAGAUGAUUUCGAACUGCCAGAAAGAAAAUCCGAUAACAGUACCCAGUCAGAGGAAAAUGGGGCGACAGAGGGCUCUUACAAAAAUGAGAGUAAAUGGGAAGCAGAAUCGGGCUCCCGUACAGAAGAAGUAAAAGAACUAAGCAGAAGUAAAUGGUCAAAUGUUGAAGAAGAUGAACCAGAGAACCCUGAGAGUGAGAGAAGAAGCUCAAAAUCUCUUUCCAAGUCAAGACAAGAACGUCAGCGGAAAGGAAAAUCUGUUUGGUGGGGAGAUAAGGGUGGAGACGCAGGGUUUUCGAUUGGUGCUGCAAGGAAUAUGACCAUGCCAUCUUUAGUUAUAGGUCCCGGAUCAGGAUACAACUUGAAAUCAAAUCCUCUUUUGGAAGAAGAGAGUCUUGCACUAGCUGAUGCAAUUGGAAAAGCAAAGGUAAGAGGAAUUUUCCAGGAUCAGCUUAGAGCAGAGCGUGAGUCGUUCAAAGCUGUUUUUGACAAGAGACAUGUACGAAACCUUACAAAGGACGAUUAACAAGUGUAUGAUUUUCUCUGGCAAAAUCGAAAUUUAUAUUUUGCCUGAUCCACGAAAAUUAUCAGUUCCCACUUUUCAUUCA